AUGUUUGAAUGGGCAUAUGAUGGUGUUAAUGCCUCCAUACCACGUAAUGUAGGCCCAGAAUGUGCAAACUAUAUAAGUCCUGAAAGAAGAAUAAUUGAAACAUUAUUUAUAUCUAUAGUCAUCAUAUUUUUGCUCAUUUGGGGUUACAAACAAAUGAGUUUACCAACCAAGGUACCUUAUGUAAAUCAUGACCGUGUUGGCAAAAGAAUAUUAUUGAUGAUUAUGUCAUUGGUAUUAGGAAUAGAGAUUGGCUUUAAAUUUACCAGCAGGACAAUUGUAUAUUUAUUAAAUCCGUGUCAUAUAACAACAGCAGCACAGUUAUACUUGCUGAUAGCUGAUCCCAGUCCAACAGUCACAGCUGUCUUCAGGAUACACUUGAACUUUUUAAAUGGACCACUUUUAGCAUACUUGUUUCCAGAGACAGAAUCACGCAGAAUAUUUGCAGACAAAGCAAUGUACUGGAUUCAACAUGGCUUAAUGGUAGUAAUACCAUAUUACUUACUGAGGCUUGGAGGUGUUUAUAAUGUAGAACCCUUAUCAGAUAUGAGUUGGACUAUUUUUAGUUACGGGCUAAAUCUUGCAUAUCAUUUUUGGAUUCUUCAAUCUAUUGCUUUGCCUAUUCAAGUCAAUCUUAGCCACAUAUUGUGUGCGGCUGUUCUAGACCCCUUCGCGGGAAACUAUUAUCGCGUGUGGACGAUGAUUCAUCAAGGAAUAUUAUGCCCUUUAUUAUGCAAAUUAUUUUGCUAUUCAUCAGACUAUUUUUUAACCAAGUGUCCUCUAACUAGAGUAAAAGCGACGUUGGAGUGUACACUUCCGGAAAAGAAGUACAAAUUGGAGAACGAUCAAAAGUUAUAUGAAGAUACGAAUAACUCGGGAAAUGGACAUACACAUUUAAAUUAGGCUAAUACUUUGUAAUUGAUGCCACCGUAGUCUCUAUGGAUACAUUGCCGAAAGUAAGUGAAUAUUCCAUGAUUAAGGGAACCCGACAACUUUGUCAAUAAUUAAACGAACACAAAUUAUUUUGUGUUUGUACGUGCAUUCGUAACUAUAUAGUCAGUGCCUGUAAUCAAAAUUACAGGUUCCCUUUUUUAAACACGUUUCUAGGUAUUUUUUACACUGCAUCUUUCAAUGCAGUGAAUAGAAACAUCUUAUGAAUUUCAAUUGCUACUAUUCCGAUGUAGCAUGUUUCUCCAAUUAGAAUUUUUAGAUUAUGGGACUCUAAAAAUCUCGCAUUCCUAAUGCGUCUAGGCAGAUCAUUUUCUUAAAUACAUACCAGCACCAUAGAACAUUUAAUUUUUUUAUACUUUUAUUGUUCAUGGAAAAUUAUAAUUUUACUAUGCUUGCAAAAAUACAUACCUCAUUGAAAAGUUUUUAAUACUUAUGUAUGUAUCUAUUUAAAUGCUUUCCGUGCCUAGAUGUAAAAUUACUAUGAAGCUUAUCUUAUGCUAUGAAUAAUGGCAAUUUUAGCCAUGAAAAUAGUUUAAAGUACCUGUUGUAACUGAAAAAAAAUCAGUUAUCGAGUCAAAUACUGAAUUUCCUAAUUUAACAUAUUAUAAUUUAUUUCCAUAUUGUUAAGUACUUUGGUAAAGUGUGACUUUAUUUCACAAGUUUCUCAGCCAUAAAGAAGCAGCUUGAUUGUGAUAUAUAAAUGUAUAUUACAUUACGUGAUACAGUUUAAAGUACGAAUGCACUGAUAAAAAAACGAUCGUUAGUUUAUUAAUACUAACGAAAUGUAGGAUUGUGUUAACAGUGUGCACAUAGUCAAAUUAUUACUUUAAUUAUACAGUACAUUCCAUAUACUCAAUCUACGCGAAAUUACUUCAAUAAGUUUACAUUGACUGCCACAAAUUUUAUUCUAUGACAUAUUUUAUUAUGUAAAAAUGUUAUUAAAUUUACAAUUCAAAGCGCCAAAGAAAAAAAAAUGCAACAUGGAAUGUUUGCAGUCCAAAGAUCGUAAUUGUACAUAAUUUUAUUAUAAGUUUAUGAAUAAAUUCGAAUUUAUAUUUAUUAUUUUAAAAAUUCUCAACCGAAAUUUGUAUAUUUUUAUACAAUCUCCAAAUAAAAAUCAAUGUAUUCUUAUUUUACGUUGAAAUGUAAAUUUCGGUCUGCAUUUACCUAUUCUGAUAACUCAAUGGUUAUUUGAUUAUUUAGAUGGCCUAACAUUUAAAAAAAAGAUACUAAUGAGAUACUUACUAAUUCACAAAAAAUUACAAUAUUAAUAGUUUGGGUAGAGAAUGUAUGACUUCAGUGUUUCCACAGCGUUAAGGAUUAAUCUUUAAUUGUGCGCACUUUUUACACAAUUGAUAUUUGUGUCCUUUUGCAUGGAAAAUAAAAUGAAUAUAAAUAGAUUUUUACACCAUUGAAUGCUUUUUUAAAGCAUACUGCAUUCACAUCAAUUGUAUGAUAAUAAAAAAUCAGUGUACAUAAAUAAAAAAACUGAACAUUUUACUGUAAUAUAAAAUUUCCAAGCGAAAGGUCUCAAUAACAAUUACAUUAUAUUAAAAAAUAGUCAUUGUCCGCAUCUGGUAUGCGAUUAUAAAGGCCUCGAUGAGGUUUAAUUUAGAAUCUUGAUAUAGUACGAUGAAAAUACCUUUUAUAUUGUACAUUACAUAAUAGUCAUGUACACGAGUCUGUGCAAUGAUAAUUAUACGAUUUGCGAAAAUAUUUACGACACAUUAAAACAUGAAGGAACUGUAUGUAUAACAAAUGUAUUGUGUAAUACACGUGCUUCGGGUCACUGUUACAUAGUAGAGAUAGUAAGAAAAUUAAAAAAACAAAUUAUGUUUUAUGUACAGAAAGGACCGUGUAUGUAUGUAUGUGCAUCGCCUAUGUUACUUCUAAUUUAUAGCCCUAUUAUCUUACAAGGUAUACAUGAAUAAGCACGAAUAGCAUGUGUUGUGUAUUAUGUACAUAGAAGAUUCGCUAGUGCAAUGAGUCUAACUUAGUUGAAACUUUAAUUUAGAAUUAAAUUAAGAAUCUUUCUGACAUUAUAGGUCAUGUAGUAUGAAUUAAUUUUAUAAAUAUCAAUAAAUUAAUUAUAAAUUAGACCAUUACGAUAUUGAAUUUUCAAUGUAUAUAAAUUGCAUAGUCGAAAAGGUGAUGGACUAUUCGUUGAACUAAGUGUGCAAUAAAUUAUUGUUGUUAUAUUUUUGUAAGUUACGGAGAACGUUGUUUCCGUAAUGAUAAUAUAAAUUUGGUACUAAACACGGAACUGGCUUCUGGAAAGUAAGAAUCAAAGAAACAUUACUUUUGAUCUUCAUUGGUAUAACGAUAAGUAGGAUAAGGUGCGAAGCAGAAUGGAUUUAUCUAAAAUAAAAAUUAUUCCGUUAGAACGGAAGUAUUAAGAAUUACCGUCAGACACGUUUGAUGGUAUGCAACAAUACAAACAUUAAAGCAUUAAAAUAAAAUAAUUUAUUUACAGAGCGAUGUACAUUUCUUUUUUUUUAAAACUUUCGUACUCCUGAUACAUCUGCAAGUAUACCGGUGUUCCAAGCUGAAUCGUAUCACGAUUAAAUUUACUUUUUUCUCUUAAACAUUUGUACAGAAUGGUUUCCCAGGAGAUUACAUGAUAAUUAUGCGUAUUUACAAAACGACAUGUACUUGUAGUUCGAAUUGUUUAACAUGUACAUCUACAUUUAAUGGAUUGAUCGUAUUGCUUAAAUUACUAUCGUGUAUCGUAGCCACAUAGAGAUUACACCGAAAGAAUCGUUAUAAGGCACCACUAUACUCCACGUGUAAUCUUGGUAAUUUAUAUUCCACACAUAACUUAUAUAACGUUUUUUUCUCUUCAAUGUGAAUAGUUUUAUCAUCAUUCGAGAAAGGUAUAAAUUCUAAAUCAGUCCAUGACUCGUAAUUAUCUACUUAUGCUGAUGAAACCAUUGGAAACAAGGGCGAUUCUCUCCUUGUACAUUCAUGAUCAUUAUGUACACGAUUCUGUACAAAAGUUUAGGAAUACUGAUUUAUCGCAGGCUAUACAUAACGUAGCCUGACGAAUAAGUUACAGCGUCAAUUGUUACACUGAUAAUAUUACUAUCUAUAAAUAUAUCUCAUAGAGCACGAUGUACAAUUUUCACGUGUAAUCAAUACAACAUUUCCUUACUCUAAAUGCGAUAAGCGAAUCAGAAAAAUGAUCUGCGUUAAAUAUGACGUAUUGUGCAUUCAUCACAAUAGUGGUGAAAUACUUAAUUCUUUGAUUAAACAAACUUUCAUACACAAAGCUAUAUCACACAUAUUACCGCACAACGGAAAAACGAUACUCAUUCUUGAUAUUGUGUAGAUGAAUUUCACAGGUACUUGGACUGUACUAAACUACUUCUUCUCCUUUUAAUAUGCUUUGAAAAUAAUAUAAGUCGAAUUAGUUUCAUCUAUUAAAAGAAAAAAGGGAAAUAAUAAAGAUCGUAUAAAUUGAUUAGACUUCUUCCCACACAAUAUUUUACAGAUUGCUUUGUACAUUUAAAAAAUAAAGCAGCUAUGAACACUUUAA